AUGGGCCGCCGCCUGCCGGUGUGGCUGUGCGCCGUCGCGGCGCUGCUCUCGGGGGCGCAGGCCAAGGGCACCCCGCUCGUCGCGCGGCCCGCGCCGCCCGGUGCCCCCCGCUACAACCUCUACACGACGGGAUGGCGCCCGCGGCUGCGCCCGGGGCCGCACAAGGCCCUCUGCGCCUACGUGGUGCACAGGAAUGUGACCUGUGUCCUACAGGAGGGAGCAGACAGCUACGUGAAGGCCGAGUACCGACAGUGUGGAUGGGGGCCCAAGUGCCCCGGGACAGUCACGUACCGAACAGUGCUCAGACCCAGAUACAAGGUCAACUACAAGACUGUGACGGACCUCGCCUGGCGGUGCUGCCCUGGCCUCACUGGAGAAGGCUGUCCCGAGCACCUGACCGACCUCGGGGCCACCCCAGCCCAGCCAGAGCCUGAGCCCCAGAUUCCCUCAGGGCAGCUGGGCCCAGGGCCCCAGCCCCCUUCUUCUAGCAGAGCGGCCCCCAGCCCCUAUGGAAGGAAAGGCUCCGGGCUGUUCGGUGAGCGGCUGGAACGUCUGGAGGGUGAUGUCCAGCGCCUGGUACAAGCAUAUGGUACCCUCAGCGGCCUGGUGGCCGGCCGUGAGGACCCCAACAGGAUGACUGGCAGUCCAAGGGCUCCUGCCGCUCCUGUGGGCUUCGGGGUCAUCUCCGAGGGGUUCGUGAGGCCCGGAGACAGAGCCAGAGGGCCACUCACCCCUCCCCUUGACGAGAUCUUGAGCAAGGUGACGGAGGUGAGCAACACGCUGCGGACCAAGGCGCAGCUGCUGGACAAGGUGCACGGGCUGGCCCUUGGCCACGAGGCUCACCUGCAGCAGCUGCGGGAGGCGCGUCCGUCUCCUCUCACCUCGCUGGCGCUGCUGGACGAGUACGUGGACCGACGGCUGCACCAGCUCUGGGGGAGCCUGCUCGAUGGCUUCGAGCAGAAGCUGCAAGGCGUCCAGAGCACCUGCGACCUGCGGGUGCAGGAGGUGCGGCAGCAGUGCGAGGAGGGCCAGGCGGCUAGCCAGCGGCUGCACCAGAGCCUGGACGGCCGGGAGCUGGCCCUGCGCCGGGAGCUGUCCCAGCUCGGGACCAGGCUGCAGGGCCUGAGCGUGGCUGGCGGGAGCAGCUGCUGCAGCCGGCUGCCCUUGAUCAGCGCCCGCGUGGACAACCUCGAGAGGAACCUACAGGCAGUCACCGAGGCCCAGCGGGGCCACGGCCCCCUCACCAGGGAUGAGCUCGAGCGGCUCUCUGCUGCCAUGCUGGACGGGGGUGUGGACGGGCUGCUGGAGGGCCUGGAGACCCUCAACGGGACGGAGGGUGGAGCGAGGGGCUGCUGCCUGGGCAUGGAGGAGGGCGGGUGGGAGGCCGGCAGCUUCAGGAGCAUGCUGGAAGAGCGAGUGCAGAGCCUAGAGGAGCGCCUGGUGACACUGGCGGGGGAGCUAAGCCACGACGGCGCCCCCCCGGGCAGGUCAGCCCGGCCCCUGGUGCAGACGGAGCUGGCGGUCUUGGAACAACGGCUGGUCUCCCUGGAGACCUCAUGCACCCCCAGCACCACCUCAGCCGUCCUGGACAACCUGGCGGCAGAGGUGAAGGCCUGGCAGAGCCGGAGCGAGGCCCUCCUCCACCAGGUGGCCAGCCACGCUGCCCUGCUCCGGCAGCUCAAUGGCACUGUGGCCGGGGUCCAGGAGCAGCUGACAGAAGCGACGGGCAGCUCACUUCAAGGUGAGAUCACCCUGCUCAAGGUCAACCUGAACUCCGUGAGCAAGUCACUCACGGGCCUCAGCGACUCCGUCAGCCAGUACUCUGAUGCCUUCUUGGCUGCCAACUCAUCCCUGGGCGAGCGCGAACGCAAGGUGGAGGCUGAGGUUCACGCCAUCCAGGAACAGGUCAGCAGCCAAGGCUCUCGGCUUCAGGCUGGCCACAGGCAGGUCCUGGGCCUGAGGGGGGAGCUGGAGCGACUCAAGGCCGGUGUGGCCGAUGUGGCCGGCGGGCUGAGCCGCUGCCAGGACACAGCCCAGGAACUGCAGCAAGUGGUGGGCCACUUCGACCGGAGGGUGGCUCAAGUGGAGGGUGCGUGUGGGAGGCUGGGCCGACUGGCUGCCGGCCUGGACCACUUGCCCACCGAGUCGCUCAGGCCCACGGAGGGCCUGUGGGGCUAUGUGGACCAGCUGAACCGCACGCUGGCUCAACACGCACAGGACAUCGCCCGCCUCCGGGAUGACCUCCUGGACUGCAGGGCCCAGCUGGCCGAGCAGGCACAGCCCCAGCCAGCCGACUAGGUGGGCCAGACGGGACCGAACCCCAGAU